AUGGAUGUUUCUGAAUCUGAAAGUCUCUCUUGUGACACCAUCAAAAAAGAGGAACAAGGAGAACCAAAAGAAAACCACUCACUUUCUUCACCAAACAAACAAGACUCCAUCUUUUCACUCUCAAUAGAUGAAUUCCAAGACAAAGAUGGGAAGAGUUUUGAGUCCAUGAACAUGGAGGAACUACUCAACGGUGCCUCCCCGAGUGAAGCUUCUUUAAAUCCCAAUGAAAUUGAACCAUCAAACGGCGAAAAUGAACCUCUAAACGCCUCCUUUUCGAUUCCUACCUCAAUGUACUCGAAAACUGUGGAAGAGGUUUGGGCUGGUAUUGCUGUGAAUCAAUCACAGCAAUACAAUUUUGGUACCCUUGACAAUCAUGGUCCAAUUUUGCACAGUCAAACUGCUGGAGAAAUGACUCUAGAAGAUUUCUUAGUAAAGGCCGGUGUCAUUCAAGAAUCUGCAGACUUUUCUUAUCAACAAAGGGUAUUGGAGAUUUUCCAAAACCAUUGUCAGAAUUUAGUGAGCAACAAUGCAUUUUUGGAACCGAACGCUGUACCGGGACAGGUGAUGGGGUAUGAAUUCCCAGGCCAAACAAAUUUUAUUCCAAAUAAUUUUGUUAACAAUGGUGCUUUAAUGUACCAAACUGGCAUUCCAAGUGUUGGGAUUGUGGGUGAACCAACUAACAUUCAUAUUGGAGGAGGAAAAUCCAUUUGUUUGUCCGAUAAGAGUGAACCGAGUGGUAGAGGGAGGCCGAGAAGCUCUUCAAUGGAGGUCGUGGUGGAGAGGAAACAGCGCAGGAUGAUCAAGAAUCGCGAGUCAGCUGCGCGAUCUCGAGCUAGAAAGCAGGCAUAUACAGCAGAACUCGAAAUAGAGCUAAACCGACUGAAGGAAGAGAAUGAAAGCCUGAAGCAUAUAUUGGUUAUGGAGCAGAUAUACACAACAAAGACAGAAAGGAGAGCUGAGAAGCUUAAAUCAAUAAGGAGGGCCUCAAGUUUGUCAUGGUGA